AAACAACAGAGUUUAUAAAAAAGAUUGCACAUUCUUAACAACGAGACAAACGUUAUCAAGCAUUUUUGUUUUCGUGUCUCAGUAGUGUAUUGCAAUAACAUGCUGCUACAAUUAUUAUGUGCUUCUUCGCUUCUCGUUUUGACUAAUAUAACGAAUGGCGCUAAACUUGUUCUAGAGAGUGAUAACAAGGUUAUUUACCCUGUGGCCACCAAGAAACUAAACCUUCGAUGUUCUGUUAAAAAGGGAAACUGGGGUCUACGAGAACAUGGCUCCGACACCAAAAACAACUCCCAAGAGCUCGGAGCCACUUCCGUUUCUUCCGAAGAGCUGUUCGAACAUCUCAUGUCCAUCGUCAUCACGGAGGGCAAGAGGCAGACCAUCGCCAGUGUCACCGGAUGUGACAAGCCAGUUAUAGAGCGUGCUUUUGAAGGCGUUGUUACCGCAGUGGGUAAUGCAGAGAACUCUUCCGAACUGGAGGAAAUGGGCCACCUAACCUUGACCUGGGAUAGACCUUUGCUUAAAGAUGCUGAUAAUUUUACAUGUGAAGCUUUCGCACUGAACCCUGAUAAGGCUUCCGCUUCUUUGAGUGUGUCGUUAGAAAUAACAGCUGUUGAGCCCAACCUCUCUGAUCUCCUGGACUACAUUUCUUCAAAUGACAGGCAGGUCGAGUUACUGAAGCAAAACUGGACCUUUUUACAAGAAACGUUCAACAGCGUUCAGGCCAUUAUUUUACAACUUCAGGGCAAGACAAACGAUUUUGAUACAGCACUGGCCGGGCUAAAAAGCCAAAACAUUCAAAGCGGAACUUUCGAAUGCAGAGAUGUUACGAUUAAGUUUGCUAGACCUUUUGAUUUCCCGCCCAAAAUUUUCUCCUCGUUUAUAGAUCUGAAUUUUGAAAGCAACUACGCAGUUCAAUACACCAUUAACUAUGUUUCAGUCAAUGAGACACAUUUCACAGUUAGAUGCACCCUUGGACGAUAUAGCCAAUAUAUCAAUGCCAAAAUUGAGUGGAUUGCUAUUGAUGUGUAGUAGUUACUUUAUAGUUACUUUUAUAAAUACAUGACUAGUACAAUUAAGUUGAUAAAUAUUCGGUAAAAAGAGAUUUACGUCAUAGUUACUUCUAUAAAUGCAUGAUUAAAAAACGUAUUUCUUCAGUAAAA